AUGGCGAGGAUUCUGCUGCUGCAGCUCCGCGUCCUCCUUGUGGGGCUUUUAAUGACAGAGACACUGACACUUCAAGCAAACAAAGGAGCGACAACGCCUGACGAAGAGAGGGACAAAGAAAGCGACGCGGAAACGCCAUGUGAGGUGAAAACCGUCACCGUCUCAACCCUGCCCGUACUCCGGGAGAACGAGUUCAGCUUCACCGGCGGAGCCUCGGGGAACGUGGUCGGAGGAGGGGGUGCUUCUGGAGCAGGUGGUGUUGGUGGAGGAGGAUCUGGAGGAGGAACUGGAGGAGGAGGAGCAGGAGGAGGGGGUGAAUCCCGACUUCUAUUAUUCGUUAGAACAGACCUACCUGGGCGAAUUUCCGUAAUGGAUGAUCUGGACAACACAGCUCUCCCCUACUUCACACUCGAGAUGUCGGGUACUGUAGAAGAUAUUUCUCAGGUACAUUGGAAACAGCAGUGGUUGGAAAAUGGGACCUUGUACUUCCAUGUGUCUACGACUGAGACUGAGCUUCAAACCCAGACAACAGAACUCACAACCCGGGAGCCUGCCCACGUCCUACAUGAACACAUGCAUCUCCUACACAUCUCAGUUAUGGGAGGCCUCAUUGCCCUCCUCCUCUUAAUUCUCCUCUUCACCCUUGUUCUGUAUACCCGGCACCGUUGGUGCAAGCGUCGCCGCAUACCCCAGAAGAGUGCCAGCACCGAGGCCACACACGAGAUCCACUACAUUCCCUCUGUUCUGCUCGGACCACAGGGCCGGGACAGCUAUCGAGGCUCUCGAGCCACGCACCAGCAUGGCAGCUCUGUCAUCGGUAUGCCCAUCCGCGAGACCCCCAUUCUUGAUGAUUACGACUGUGAUGAGGAAGACCCAGGUGGACAUUCACUUAACUCCACACCAAACCAACUCCACAACAAGCUGAAUGACGGGAGGCUGCAGGACGACCAUGGAGUUAAUAUUGGCAUUGGAGGACACACAGACAUCAUGUGCAAGGAAGAUGAGCUAAAGCAUAAUUUUGAAAAACGAGCCAUCGGCCCAAACAAGGAUUCUGUCGAGGAUUUGAUGCUGAGGUUCCAGGAAAGUUUCCGUGCUUCUAACACGCCAGACAUGUCUCACUACCAGCACGUCAUGCACACCUCGUCAACAGGCCGCAGGAGGGGACUGACCCAGACAAGAGCAACUGGAGGCGUGUUUGGUCCUCAAGGUGAAUCAGGGUCAGAGCCUGAAGAUGAUAGCCAAAUGAAGUUUUACACAGAGCAGCACAGAGGACGAAGACGCAGCAAAGGCCACUCACACAGUCCUCUGAAUAAGGUCACCCUGACGUUGAUUACCAUCAGCACAUGUGUCAUUGCCAUUGUCUAUGCUACGCAGGAUCCCUGCCCCCUCACUGUCAAGGUUACCCUUCAUGUGCCUGAGCAUUUUGUUGCAGAUGGAAGUAGUUUUGUGGUGAGCAUGGGCAGCUUCCUGGAUAUUUCUAAUUGGUUAAAUCCAGCCAAGUUAACCCUCUACUAUCAGACCAAUUCAUCCACACAGUGGGUCCAAGACUACUGUGGCCAGAGGACCACUGAGCCCUGUGAGCAGAUUUGUGACCAGGACACAGGAGAAUGCAGCUGUCAUGAGGGCUUUUCCCCUGAUUCUGUCCAUAAACACCUCUGUGUUCGCAGUGACUGGGGUCGCAAUGAAGGUCCUUGGCCCUACGCUAACUUGGAGAAAGGCUAUGACCUAGUUACAGGAGAACAGGCCCCAGAGCGGAUUUUCAGAUCAUUCUACAGUCUGGGCCAAGGGGUGUGGUUGCCAGUCAGCAAGAGCUUUGUGGUGCCACCAGUGGAACUGUCAAUCAACCCCAUCGCCAGCUGUAAGACAGACGUGUUGGUUAUUGAGGAUCCAGGAGAGGUCAGGGAAGAGGCCAUGAUGUCUACUUAUUUUGAGACCGUAGAGGACCUACUGGCAUCCUUUGGGCCUGUCCGUGACUGCUCCAAAGAUAACGGUGGCUGCAAGAGGAACUUCAAGUGUGUGUCUGACCGACAGUUAGACUCAUCUGGCUGUAUGUGUCCUGAGGGUCUGAGGCCAAUGAAGGAUGGCUCAGGUUGCUAUGACUACUCCAGGGGCAUUGACUGCACGGAUGGUUUCAAUGGAGGCUGUGAACAGCUGUGUCUCCAGCAGCUCGUGCCCCUUGAAGAUGACCCCAGUUCUAGCAACGUGCUUAUGUUUUGCGGGUGCGUGCAGGAGUAUAAACUGGCAGGGGAUGGGCGCUCCUGCCUCCUGCAGUCAGACAACUGUGAGGGACCAAAGUGUCCAAGGCAGGAUGUAUACUUCAAUGUCACCCUGUUUGGUGAGAUGCUGCAUGGAUACAACAACAAAACCCAGCAAGUCAACUUUGGACAGAUAUUCCAAAUGACCUUCAGAGCACACAACUUCAUCAAGGAUUUCCCUCAGCUAGCUGAUGGUCUCAUGGUCAUCCCCCUACCAGUAGAGGAACAAUGUCGUGGGGUCUUGUCAGAGCCCCUGCCCAACCUGCAGCUCCUCACAGGGGAUGCCCAAUUCAGUGAGGCAGUGGGCUACCCUAUGGUUCAACAGUGGAGAGUGCGCAGCAAUCUAUACAAAGUCAAACUCAGCUCCAUUACCUUAUCUACAGCGGCCAGCCACUAUGUGUCUGAGGCCCUGUACGGCUCUGAGCUCAGCUGCAGCAUCAACUUCCCCAGCAAGAAGGCCCAGCAGCAGCUCUGGCUACAGUACCAGAAAGGUGAGCAUGCUGACAUACAGGAACAAAACCCAAAAAGGGGGGGCAGUGUGGCUUAA